CCACCCCAUUUCAAUAUUUUUAAGGGAAGAAUUAGUAACAGAAACCACAGAUACUUGCAAAAAAGUAAAAUAUUAACUUACUGGUCCUCUUAUCUGUAUGAAUGUAAUUUUUCUUGGCACAUGGGUCUUUUUCUUUUCAAAAUAUUUUCUCAUUUGUUUUAGAAUUGACAUUUGAAGUGUAAAAUUUUCAUUACUUUCUACAGAGAAGAUGGGGAAUUAGAAGAUGGUGAGAUAGAUGAUGCAGGAUUUGAAGAAACACAAGAUCAGGAAGCAAAAGAGAAUGAAAAGCAGAAAAAUGAGAAAGCCUACAGAAAAUCAAGAAAAAAACACAAGAAAGAAAGAGAAAAGAAAAAAUCCAAAAGGAGAAAACAUGAGAAACAUAAGCAUAACUCUCCAUCUGGUGAUGAUAGUUCUGACUACAGCCUGGAUUCAGAUGUUGAACGUAUGGAAAGUUCCUAUAAGAAAAGAAGUAGUUUCUACAGGGAUUAUGACACUCCAUUUUCUCAGCAUGGACAUAUAUCAGGAAGUUACAUGACAUCAAAGAAGAGUCAACAUAACAAAAAAUUCAGCAGUAAAGAGUAUGCUGAAUCUAGUUUCUACAGUGAUGACAACUUUGGUAACUACAGUGAUGACAACUUUGGUAAUUACAACCAUGAGGGAGAAGACGACUUUUCCAGUCAGCUGAAAUAUUAUAGACAAUCUCAGGAAUCCUCAGGGUCAUCGUUUUCUAAGGAAUCAGGGAAAAAACAGAGAACUAAAGGAAGCCCACCAGGUACUGAAUAUCGGAUUAAAAGUUUUAAUACUAGUCAUGGACGUGUUUUACCGAAGAAAAUCAAAAGAAAAGAACACCAUGGGGCAAGAGUCACUAAAGGGCCUGUCUUUUCAGGAAUGGAUGACUUUCAAGAGUACAGUAAACCGGGGAAAAAAUGGAAAGUUAUGACUCAGGAGUUUAUUAACCAGCACACAGUGGAACACAAAGGAAAACAGAUCUGUAAAUACUUCCUGGAAGGGAGGUGUAUUAAGGGAGAUCACUGUAAAUUUGAUCAUGAUGCAGAAUUGGAAAAGAAAAAGGAGAUCUGCAAAUACUAUUUACAGGGAUAUUGUACCAAAGGAGAGAACUGUAUUUAUAUGCAUAGUGAAUUUCCUUGCAAGUUCUAUCAUAGUGGAGCAAAGUGCUAUCAAGGAGACAACUGUAAGUUUUCCCAUGAUGAUCUGACUAAAGAGACAAAGAAACUUUUGGACAAAGUUUUGAAUGCCGAUGAAGAACUUAUACAUGAAGAUGAAAGAGAAUUAGAGGAACUUAGGAAGCGUGGCAUAACUCCUCUCCCCAAACCACCCCCAGGAGUCGGGCUUCUGCCAACCCCAUCAGAGCACGUUCCCUUUUCUGAUCAUGAAGACGAUUUUGAGACAGAUCUUUCUGAUGAUUUGAAGAAAAUUCCAUCUCUUUUUGAAAUAGUCGUAAAACCUACUGUGGAUUUAGCACAUAAAAUUGGGAAGAAACCACCAGCAUUUUACAGCAGUGCCUCACCACCAGGACCACAGUUUCAGGAAAGCAGUCCCUGUCCACAGCAUAUGUACAAUUCUGAGUCAAGUCCAGGUCCAGGAUCUAAUGUACCUCAAGGAUGUGAUAGUCCUUUGAGGCACCCAGGCUCCCCUGGACAUCACCCAUGUGUGGGACCUCCUGGUCCACCAAUGCAAGAGAGCCCACCUUUGCCACCUGGCGCACCUGAAAUUGUAGGCCCUCAUAGUCAAGCUGGAGGGCUUGUUCAGCUGGACUCACUACCAACUCUGGGUGGAGCUUAUCAUUCCCCAAGCUUUCCAGGACACGUGAUGAAAGUCCCUAGAGAGAAUCACCGCUCUCCAGCUUCAUUGUACCAGCAAAUGCCUGGAGAUAUGCAGCUUCCCACCGACUCUGAGUCCUUGCAAGCCCCAGCUGAGUUUUAUGAUGAUUAUUAUUCACAGAAUGCUGCACAUAAUUUUCAGCCACCUGAUAACUGUGCUGAUGAGCUGUGGCAUGAAGAAUUUGCACAGCAGCAGCCUCCCAUUGCUCAUGACUCACCUAACCUUGGGAGUGGGCCUGACAUCAGCAGCAAUGUGACAGGUCACUGCCCUCUGCCUACUUCAGGGCUCCCUCCUGCAGUGCAGAGAGCUCUUUUCAUCCGAUUGACUCAGAGAUACCAAGAAGAUGAAGAACCAGCUGGUGCCCAGUCUCAUAGAGCAUCAAGCAAGGAAGAAGAUGAUACAGUUAACUGGUACUCCAGUAGUGAAGAGGAGGAAGGAAGUGGUGUCAAGUCAAUACUGAGAACAUUACAGAAACAAACAGGGUCUCUACGAAGUCAGCAGCACACUCCCACAGAGCUCGGCAUUCCUACUGAUCCAAGACUUGCUAAAGAGAAGAGGAAAGGGAGUCAGGUGGUUGACCCAAGGCUACGGACUGUCCCAAGGCAAGAUAUUAGGAAGCCUCAUGAGUCUGUCCCAGUGGACCUUAGACUUGCGUGGGAUCCCAGGAAAUUCAGAGGGAAUGGAAGUGCUCCUGGAGGCGCUUCUGCUAGUGGAGCAAAGUUUGAUUUACAUCCUGCAAAUGCUGGUGGGAAUCGUAAACCCAAAAGCAGAGAUGACGAUGAUGAAGAUACAGAAAGAGAACUGAGAGAGAAAGCCUUCUUAAUACCUUUGGAUUCUUCACCUGGAGUAGUACUCCAGGAUCCACGGUCACAGUUAAGACAAUUCAGUCACAUUAAAAUGGACAUUAUCCUAACCAAACCCAACUUUGCAAAACACAUCGUGUGGGCUCCAGAGGACUUACUUCCGGUUCCUUUACCUAAACCCGAUCCAGUAUCUUCAAUCAAUUUACCUCUGCCUCCACUUAUAGCUGACCAGAGGCUCAGUAGAUUAUGGAAUACAAAAAGUGAUCAUCAAAGUGCCCUGUCCCUUGAUCCAAAAUCAGCAGCCAAAAUGAAUAUAACACAGAGAGAGGGCUACUUAGAACAGUGUGGAGACUUACAUAGUUCAGGGGGUAAAUUAGGAGACCCUAGGCUGCAAAAGAAUUUUGAUCCUAGGCUUCACAGACUGCCCAAUACAGAGUCACAUCAAGCAGCUAUAAAGGACUCACAUGUAUCAAAGAGUGGCCCAAACCUAGCCAGAUCAAACCCUGGUUUGUCACAGUCAUCAAUAGCAUCACCUAUCAAUGCUGGUCCUGUGGCUCUUCCUCCAUAUGCCCCCAAACUCUCUUCAGCUGGCCUCCCACUGGGAACUUCAAGUUCAGUUCUUACUAGCAUUAGUUUGUACGAUCCUAGGGAGAAGGGUUCAUUGCCUUCAUCAGAGCUAACUACCAUUUCUUCAGAAGAAAAUGCAGAGAACCAGGAAAAAAGUGGUUCAAAGAGUAGUGAUAAAAAUGAGCCUUCCCCUGGAGAAGUGAUCCUACAGAAAACUCCUGCAGACUCGGACGUCCCAGGUGAGGGGCCAGUCGACACGCAGGCAGAUACUCUGAGGAGUGCGGAUAAGGUUCAGGUCCCCGCUGUGCAUAGUCUUCCUAUUCAGGCCUUAACAGGCUUAAUUAGACCUCCAUACAGUGAUCCAAGGCAGGCAAGAGAGCCAGAACAGGCAAGCCCCACCCCAGGUGAUGAUCCAAGUAGAGAAACAGAUGACAAAUCUCUGAAAGAGGUUUUUAAGACAUUUGAUCCAACCGCGUCACCAUUUUGUUAG